UCCCUACUCUCCUACCCUCUCUCCUCUCUCUCGCUCGCUCUCUCUCUCUCUCUCUCUCUCUCUCUCACAGAUGGCAGCCCUACAGAGUCCGUUCUACGGGGACAAGAUGAACCUGUACUCCUUGUGUAAAAAGAUCGAACAGUGUGACUAUCCCCCUCUACCCUCUGAUCACUACUCUGAGGAGCUGAGGAAGUUGGUGGACAUGUGCAUCAACCCAGACCCCGAGAAGAGGCCCGACAUCACCUACGUGUACGACAUCGCCAAGCACAUGUACAACCAGACCCUGGGGACCUAAACCUCCCUCCUCCUCUUCCUCCUCUUCCUCCUCUUCCUCCUCCUCCUCCUCAUCCCUCACUUCCCCAACACCUCCACACGUCUCCUGCAGAGUCUGUCGUUCUGUCAGACAGAGCUGAUGGAGCUCCCAGAUGUGGCCGUGCCCUCGUGCAAUUCCCACCCCCCACCCCCCUCCCAAUGCAUGCUGGGUAAAUGAAGAGCAAUCAGAUGAUUGGAUGUAUUUCUCCUAGGAACCUCCCCCUUUUUUUUCUCUUUUUUUUCAAGACCUUCUAGUUGUGCGAUGUUUGUCGUGUUGUUCAUCUCAACCUAACUGCAGGCUGGCACAGUGACCUUAGAUACACUAUAAACAUUCACACUUACCCUUCAGUGCCUCUCGUAGCUGUGUGCUCUGAAAUCACAGGCGCAUUUGCAGACGUUAGCAAAGGAAACUGUUCCCACAGUAUUUAAACACAGAUGCGUCAGAAUGUUAGUGUAGAGAUAUGUCAUGCUGAGUUUACUAACGCGAUCGUCCAAAAUGAUGUUUUAGCGGUUAAAACGUUUGUUGCGCUGCACUUUAACCCCGGUACUGAAAAUCUGGAGGUUGUUGUCAAGUGAAUGUAUCCCCCCCCCCAAAAAAAAAAAAAAAAAAAACUAAACAGAAAAAGAAGGAUCAUGUUGAAUGCCAGGUGUGAAGGUAUAGUCUGUGAGACUAGUCUGGGGCGUGGUCAAGGGAAGGUAGGUUACAGGGUGUGCGAUGGGUUCAGCGUAUGAGUGUUCAGAUUGUUGUGACAGUGCCGUCCCUGAAUUGAGCGAAAGAAUAAAAACACAUAGGAAUUAUAUAUAUAUGUUUUUUUCUUCUCAAGCCUUGUCCGUUUGACAACCUACCAAAGACGCAGACAGCCCAGAGCUAUGGGUAUGGUUUAUAUGUGUAUCUGUUUGUGUCCUACUUCCAUACAGUAUAUCUAAGACUCCUUUCCAGCCGUCGGUGGACACGAGCCCCUGCUAGCUGGACGUCCAACCUAGUUGGAUGUAGGUUCGCUGUGUCCUGGAGUUGGUCUGUGUCUCGUGUUUUCAGUUUGACAGUGGGUUGGUUUACAGAUCAAGGUGGGGAUAGCCUAAGUUUGAAGUGAGUGUUUUAGGUCGAGGUAGUUUAGCCCAGCAGAAGGUACGUUAGUCCAAGGUGACGGUGCGUUAUUGCUUGUCAUGUUUAAUGACUGCCUACUGGCUUUGGCGUGGAGUCAGUUUACUAAUUUGUGCAUUUAGUGUCAUCUAGUUUAUCAUAACGGUUGUUCUGAGAAUUGUUUUUUACUUGCACAUCUGUGUUGUUUUUUUGUGGUCUCAGAUAUUCUGGUAUGGCCCAUUUCACUUUUUUAUUGACAUUAAUGUCUGUCCCAGCUAAUUCUGUGGAUUCUUACAACUCUUAUGCCUUGUUAGUGCUGGCUUUUACAGCAGCUGUAAAAGAACUUUGCUCAUGACAUGAAUUUACAAUAACACUUAAUCAGAGUGACAAAGCACCAUCGUCACCUCAUAGCAAAUGUUGUGAAAAUCCUACCCAGAUGCUAAAUGGUGUUUAUUUUUUAUCAUACGAGAUAGAUUAGAUAUUUCCAUCUGAAUAACAUUGCAAAUAGAUUUGUUUUAUGUUGUGUGUUAUACCCCCCCCCCCCCCCCCCCAUGCAUAAUCCCGUCCCCCUGAACGCUUUCUCCGUCCUGCCUUUCUUUCGAUCUAUCAGCCUUAAAGAAGAUGAUGUUCGGCUUUGUUUUGUUUGUUGUCGCUGCAAACUAAUAUCGUUUACUCGUUCAGUCGCCCUUCCAUGUGUCACAGGGAGAAGAGGAGACUCGUCAGAUAUUUGUUUCUCGUUAGGGGAAUGUGACGAUCGUGACAUCAAUGCAACCCACUCAGAUACACGCUCACAAACACUAACACAUGGAUACAAACGCUAUCACAUAAACCCAUACACACACACGUACAUACACACACACACUGCUAGUUUACUGAUCCAUUCUGAUGUGUCUGGGUUGUGAUAGGUGGGGUCUGAUGUGUCUGGGUUGUGAUUGGUGGGGUCUGAUGUGUCUGGGUUGUGAUUGGUGGGGUCUGAUGUGUCUGGGUUGUGAUUGGUGGGGUCUGAUGUGUUUCUCGCGAGCCGUCCGUCUGUUGGGACAGCCCUGCGACCUCCCAGAGGUCAGCUUUGACCCUCACCAUGGCGACUGGAGCAGCCCUCUGAAGGUGGUAUCGACCUCUUAGACUCUACUCUCCCAACCUCUAAGGUUUAGUGGUUGGGAGGGUAAAAACAAAAAGAGGCAGCUUUUAUUUAUGGUUCUGUUUUGUUUUUUUUUUGUUUUAUGGAACAUUUCAUGUAAGGCUGUUUACUCCAUGGCUUUGUAUGCUACCUACCUAAUAAACACCUACAAAAAACUG